UAAAAUUACCAAAACCAUACUGACCACUGAUAAUGGCGACACAGAGCUGUAUUCUAGUGACUGUCCUAUUGUUCUGGUCUAGUGCUAUAUCCAGUUCAUUACCCAGAGAGUCGAGACAGACACCUGGGGAUGCAGUGACUGGAGAUACUGUGACUGUACAUGUGCAGUUCAUGCUGUUCUCCACCUACACCUCAGAAUGUCUGACAGGACUCACUGAAGAUGGGACUCAGAUCAGAGUGGAGUUCAGGCUCCUCACAGGACAAAACUUCAAUCCUGGAGAAUGGAUCAGUGCAGGGAAUGUUACGUUAGAUGAAGGUGACAGAUCACAAACACUAACUAUUGGUGAAAUAGAUCCAGGAGCUGAUGUGAAUGAGUUCAUACAGUUCCGAGUGCUCCAAUCAGAGCAUGGUGGAGGUAGCUGCAACUGCUGGGGGCUGAGCAACUUCACUGUGAAUACAAUCAUGGAUUCAGGAAACAAGUCCAAGACAAUCGACAUAACUGAAGAGUGUGAUGAACAGUCAUCUUCUGUGAUAGGGAUGAUUUCCAUGGAUGAAGUCAGGUUGUUCUGUGGUGGAAGUGCCAGUGUACCUCGAGGCAUAGUAACUGCUGCAGAUCUGCUAGGCCUAGGGAACACCACUAUACAAUGUAACCAAGUCAAUGGUAGCAACAGUCUGAUUGACCCUGGAGUGGCAGCUCCAACAGAAGAUUGUACUGCUGCUUACCCUCGAUUGGAUAUUGACUUCAAUCUUGACCUACUGGAGAGAGACAGUUGUAUAGGACCUUCGUCAUUUGAUGAAGGGGUUGAGUUGGCCAUUAGAAUUGGUAGAGAUUGGAUUCCUUUACAAUACAUAAGUCCCAAUUUACCGGAUAAUCGGAAUCGGAAUUCCAACUUUCUUAUUGGGCACCUGAAUGAUCAGGUUGUGACUAUUAGAGGCUACACUUUGAAUGACACGAUAACUGAUGGUGAAGUUAACCAGCUGCUAGUAUCUGUGUGUGGGUCUUUCCUGACCAGUGAAGCACAGUUGAGGUGGAUGCAAACAGCUGCAUCAAUUUCCCGGCUUCCAACUACUAAUCCAAAUAACUGGCGAGACCUAUGGACACUGGAUAAUGUCACUGUGGUAUUACAUGUUAAUGAAACAUACAAUAAAACUCUGAUAAAAGACAACUUUGACAAUCAGACAGAGUUAAAUCCUGAAUACUGGAUGGAGGACAUCAGGAAUGGAAUGAUCAGUGAUUUCUGUGGUGCUGACUAUGUUGGUGACAACUCUCUCCUAAUGGGGUCAGUAUGUAACACCACAGGUUGUGGUGGAGGCCAAGGGACCAUAUCCAGUAGAAUCAUUCGCACUGCUUCCUUGGACAUUGGUGUUCAGUUGGGUAUUCCUCGUCCCAUUACUGAUGAGCCUAAUACAGAGACUAACCCACCCUCCACACCAUCACCCCCCACAAUGCCCCCCACACCACCACCAUCCACACCACCACCCUCCACACCAUCACCCUCCACACCACCACCCUCCACACCAUCACCCUCCACACCAUCACCUCCCACAAUGCCCCCCACACCUGAUGAUGCAGAUGAUCUUAUUCCCCAGCAGCAACUUGGAGACGCACUGGAGGAAGUAUUGGCUUUGAUUAGAAAUGAUGAGGAAUUGGCAAAUAUUACCACCAUGCCUCCAGCAACAGCUGCCAUUGCACUGGAGAGAGUAGUGGGAGCUAGAGUAGUGGAUGAGACUGUAGUAGCCUACCUGCUUGCUGACAUGGUGGACAGGAGCAGGCUGCCAGCUGGGGGAGUUGAGGACAUGGUGUCAUUCAAUGAGACCAUUCUCUCCAUUGGAGAUAUGCUGUUGAACGAGACGAGCAAUAAUGAAGAGCCCAGUAUCAUCGCUGGCAGCACUCUGAUUGCUACCAUAGAGAAACUAGCUUUCAAUGGAUUCACUACAUCAACUGAUUCCCAGCACUCAGGAAAUAUUGAAGUCAUUCAUUUGGAGACACGAGUGGACAAUGAGGAUACAUACUUCACUAGUAUUGAUGUGAGGGGCAGCUCUAUUCAAGUGCCCACUGAGUUAGUGAGGAUAGUGGAUAACGGAACUGGACCAAUCACUGUGGGCUCAGUCUACUACAGGAACAUGAGUGGACUGCUGCCCGGGACUCUGCCGGGAGAGAGGGACACUGUGUUAGCAUCUCCAGUGGUCUCCACCAGUCUGCUGUGUGGGGACAAUAUCUGUGACACAGCCAACAUUCAGCUCAGUCUACCAGUCAUUGUCACACUGAAACACAGCAAAUAUGCACAAGCUCUUAUUGAAAAUGAUGAUACCAGCGAGGCUACUUGUGUGUUCUGGGAAUUUAUAACUAACAGUAGUAGCGAUCCUCUAGUCAAUGGAAGAUGGGACACUGAAGGUUGUGUGAGAAAUGACGGUCUCUCUAACUUCACACAGACUGUGUGUGAGUGCACACAUCUCACCAACUUUGCCAUUCUCCUCAGUGCACGUUCCGUGCCCCCCACACCUGAUGUCUCCACAACUGAUGAUGCAGAUGAUCUUAUUGCCCUGCAGCAACUUGGAGACACACUGGAGGAAGUAUUGGGUUUGAUUAGAAAUGAUGAGGAAUUGGGCAAUAUUCUCACCAUGCCUCCAGCAACAGCUGCCAUUGCACUGGAGGGAGUGGUGGGAGCUAGAGUAGUGGAUGAGACUGUAGUAGCCUACCUGCUUGCUGACAUUGUGGACAGGAGCAAUCUGUCAGAUGGGAGAGUUGAGGACAUGGUGUCAUUCAGUGAGACCAUUCUCUCCAUUGGAGACAUGCUGUUGGAAAAGACGAGCAAUAAUGAAGAGCCUAGUAUCAUCGCUGGCAGCACUCUGAUUGCUACCAUAGAGAAACUAGCUUUCAAUGGAUUCACUACAUCAACUGAUCCCCAGCACUCAGGAAAUAUUGAAGUCGUUCAUUUGGAGACACGAGUGGACAAUGAGGAUACAUACUUCACUAGUAUUGGUGUGAGGGGCAGCUCUAUUCAAGUGCCCACUGAGUUAUUGAGGAAAGUGGGUAACGGAACAGCUGGACCAGUCACUAUGGGCUCAGUCUACUACAGGAACAUGAGUGGACUGCUGCCCGGGACUCUGCCCGGGACUCUGCCUGGAGAGAGGGACACUGUGUUAGCAUCUCCAGUGGUCUCCACCAGUCUGCAAUGUGGGGACAAUAUCUGUGACACAGCCAACAUUCAGCUCAAUCAGCCAGUCAUUGUCACACUGAAACACAGCAAAUAUGCACAAGCUCUUAUUGAAAAUGAUGAUACCAGCAAGGCUACUUGUGUGUUCUGGGAAUUUGUAAUUAACAGUAGUAGCGAUUCUCUAGUCAAUGGAAGAUGGGACACUGAUGGUUGUGUGAGAAAUGACAGUCUCUCUAACUCCACACAGACCGUGUGUGAGUGCACACAUCUCACCAACUUUGCCGUUAUCGUCACUGCACCACCGGAUGAGGCCCUGCAGCAACUUAGAGCCGCACUGGAGGAAGUAUUGGCUUUGAUUGGAAAUGAUGAGGAAUUGGGCAAUAUUCUCACCAUGCCUCCAGCAACAGCUGCCAUUGCACUGGAGAGAGUAGUGGGAGCUAGAGUAGUGGAUGAGACUGUAGUAGCCUACCUGCUUGCUGACAUUGUGGGCAGGAGCAGGCUGCCAGCUGGGGGAGUUGAGGACAUGGUGUCAUUCAGUGAGACUAUUCACUCUGUCGGGGACAUAGUGUUGGAACAGACCAUGGAUUUGGACAACGGUACGGAGCCCAGUACGGUUGCAGGUAGCACCAUACUCUCAGUGUUUGAAGAUCUAGCUGUAGGUCUCAUUGGAAUGAACCGGAGAAUACAGUCAGAGUCAGGACAGAUCAUGUCUAAUUUGACAGAAUUUGUGGAGGGCCCUGAUGAUGAUGAUGAUGAUGUACUUGGAGUGGACACUGAUGGCCAUUCCAUCAGACUGCCUGCAAGACUACUGAGAGGUCUGGCCAACAAGACUAUUGUCACUGUCAUCUCUGCUUUUUAUCGUAACAUGAGUGGAUUGCUGCCCGGAAAUUUGUCAAGACGAAAUGAGUUUGAGUUGGCUUCUCCAGUCUUGGCUACUUCGCUGCGGUGUGAUAGCAAUCUCUGCGAUAUUAGUGAUGAUACAAACAUUACCAUAACCAUCAUUCACACAGACACUGUCAAGAAUUUGAUUGAGAACGACAAUACUUCUGAAGUGAUGUGUGUUUUCUGGGAGUUCGUCAGGGCAAGUGACAACCUUUUAGCCAAUGGAAGAUGGGACACUGAUGGAUGUGUGAGAAAUGACAACCUCUCCAACUCCACACAGACUGUGUGUGAGUGCACACAUCUCACCAACUUUGCCAUUCUCCUCAGUGCACAGCCACUCAACCUACCCUCUGGUGUGGCCUUGUCUCUCUCAAUCAUUGGCUACAUUGGAGUGUCUCUAUCUGUGAUUGCCAUGUUGGCCACCAUUGUGACUCUGUCUUGUUUAAGGUCUCUUUGGAGCAUGCGUAACUUCAUCCACAUCAACUUGUGUGUGAGUCUGAUUCUGGCACAGCUGACCUUUGUGAUUGGAGUGACCCCUCACGGAGGAGGGGGUGUGGUGGAUCCUGGUUGUCAGACAGCAGCAGUUCUCAUGCACUACUUGUUCCUGGUGUCCUUCAUGUGGAUGCUCAUGGAGGGCGUGGUCUUGUAUAUAGUUCUCAUUAAAGUGUUCUUCAAGCAUCAGAGCAGAUACAUGAUCGGCUUCUUUCUGUUCAGCUAUGGUGCUCCUCUGCUCUACAUGGCUCUCUGUAUCCCGCUAGGCUUUGCAGUCCCUCAACUGGAGGACAGCUAUGGCUACGAGCUGGUCAGCGACAAUACAACCACCAUAGUAUGCUGGCUGAGUCCCAUCAACAGCUUCAUCUUCACAUUCAUUGCUCCAGUGUUACUAACUAUCUUGGUUAACAUUGGCUUCUUUAUCAUGGCUCUGGUUGUCAUGUGUCGACACUCAAAGAAGCAGGAACACAAAUCAAGGGUUGAGUCAGCCAAGGAUUGGAUCAAAAGCAGCAUCUCUCUUGUUGUUGUCAUGGGAAUAACAUGGAUUAUCGGUAUUCUGGUGUUUGAGGUCCCAGAACUGCUCCCAUUGGCGUACAUCUUCACAAUCUGUGCUACCUUUCAAGGAGUAGCCAUUUUCAUAAUCUUUGUGGCCCUUUCCAAGCAAGUGAGGGAGGCCUACUCUAAAUGGUGGAAGGUCAAGGUGGCAGAGUCGGACAUUCUCAGCAAACACUUCGGAGAGUUAUCGUUUACAAGUUCAACAAAAUUGACAAAGACACACAACGGGUCUUCUGUUGCCAACAACAACCACAGUUCCAGUGCUCCUCCUCUAGACAUCAGUAUCUCUCACCACGAAACCACCGAGGGGUCAGAGGAGAAGACGGUGCCGGAGGAGAAGAAGAAACCUUCAUUCAGGAGACAAGGAACCUCUUUUGACAUUACUUAUGUGCCACCCGCGGAAAAUGAUGAGCCUUGUAAGGAGGACCUUAUGAAAGCUGACUAUGUCCACAACGGAGAUGAUUCUAAUGAUAAGAAACAACUCACAGAAUCAACAGAAUUGUAAUACUGAUCCGAUUUCUCUUCAUCAUUGUGUGUGUGUGCAUGUGUAUAUAUAUGUACUGUUUUGUUAUUAAUGAUCAUCUGAUGCCACGUGUAUACGCAUAGUUUGCAUUUUUAUAUUUUGACAAGAUUCUCGUUCUUGGAAUCAGUUUUUAUACAACUACAACACAGUUCAGGUUUUGAAUCAUAAUAAUUAUAAGCACCCUUUCAUUUUCAAUGUAAAUAUUAUUAUAACAUUUAUAUCUCAGUCGUAUAAAAGUUGA